UCUUCAGGAAGUGACGGACCUGCGGCAAUACGGGUGAUAUCGGGUAAUGUAGUUAAGAGAAAAACAAGAGCCGGAGUUAAUAAGGAUUUGAAUUGUUUUCAGAUUGGCAUGAACUCAAAGAGGCUUCGGGUUGACUCUGAGAAUGGGGGUCGAAAAAAGAGGCAGCUGAAGCUGGAGGAUGCAGAAUUCAAUCGCUUAUUGCUGGAAACGAAGGAGCGAGUGAGUAAGGCCUGGAGCCGGGGGCUCGAAUAUUCACACGAGCGCGGUCUGCUGGUUAGUGCUCAGCCAUUUACACACUGUGUGGUACCUGAUUUUAUCCAGAGUCAGUCAUACCUGACAGGGCUUCAAAAUGAACUUCUGCAACUAAACUUUCAUGAAAAAUCCAAUGAUCUCUAUAAAUUUAAGCAGUCAGAUGAUCUCGGGAGAAGGGCAGAGUACCAUAUCUCAGCACUGAGGAAAGUACUUUAUGAAGAUUUUCGUAUGUUGCUGUCAGAUAUUAUAGGUGAACAACUGGAAAACACAGUUGAUAUAUCCUGCACUAAGUAUGAAUACACAGAUGUGUUGCUCUGUCAUGAUGAUGAGUUGGAAGGACGAAGAAUAGCAUUCAUCUUGUAUCUUGUACCUGAAUGGCAAGCAAGUGAUGGUGGCACCUUGGACCUUUAUGAUGCAGAUGACCACAACCAGCCUUGGCAAAUUGCCAAGUCAUUAACUCCUUCCUGGAACACGUUAGUUUUCUUUGAUGUUUCCCCAGUCUCUCAUCAUCAGGUAUCUGAAGUUUUGGUGGAGGGCAAGUGCCGCCUUUCUGUCAGUGGCUGGUUCUAUGGGCAAUCAUUGGAGAGGCCCCCUCGGUAUAUUGAAUCUCUUUCUCCUCGAAUGCCCCAUAUUGCAUGUGACGAAAAAAUUCUUUAUGAAUGGAUCAAUCCGAUUUACAUAGAUAUGUCAGCCCAGGCUAAUAUCCAGGAGCAGUUUGAAGAAAAAUCUGAGAUUCUUCUAAAGAAUUUUUUCAAGAAAGAAAAAUUCCAGAUGAUAUGUGAGGCUGUAUGUAGCUCAAAGAUUAAAUGGAAGAGAAGAGGACCUGCCAACAAAAGAUGCUAUGAUCAAGCAGAGGAAGAUGGUCUUCCUGACAUUCUUGCUCAAUGUAUGAAGCUGUUUCGCUCUGAGGCCAUGUUUCUGCUUCUGUCCAAUUUUACUGGCUUAAAACUGCAUUUCCUCGCAGCCUCAGAUGAUAGUGAUGAAUACGAGAAUCAACUGGAGAUGUCUAGUGGAAGUGAACAUCCAUGUUCCAGCAAUGAAAAGUGUGGCAAUUCACAUUCAAUGUAUAUUGAAGGCAAUGACAGCAAAGGAGAAAUAAAAGUGGAAACAGAAAAAACAAUGCUGGGGGAUGGUUCUCAAGAACCUGGUGUUCCUGUUUGCCGAGGAGAGCUACGAAAUUGGAAAAAUGGAUACUACACGCUUAUACACGACACCAAUAUGGAAAACACGGAGUUUGCCCUGGACUUGUUGUUGAGCUGUGGCUGCGAAGACUGGCAUGAGGAAUUUGGUGGUGUCACUUCAUACAUUGCAAAAGGGGAAGAUGAAGAGCUUACCUUUCCCUUCCUCAAAAGCUUGCAGAAGGAUUUGGACCAGCUGGAAAAAUGGCUGAACAGUAGCAGAUGGAGUUUAAUACAGACAAGUAUGAGUUAUUGCACUUUGGAAGGAAAAACAAAGGUAUAACAUACAAGGUAAAUGGUAGGGCACUGAGGAGUGCAGCAGAACAGAGGGAUUUGGGAAUACAGAUACAAAAUUCCCUAAAAGUGGUGUCACAGGUACAUAGGGUAAUAAAGAGAACUGUUGGUACAUUGGCCUUUAUAAAUCAAAGUAUUGAGUAUAAGAGGAAUGUUAUGUUGAGGUUGUAUAAGACAUUGGUGAGGCCGAAUUUAGAGUAUUGUGUUCAGUUUUAGUCACCGAAUUACAGGAAGGAUAUUAAUAAGGUUGAAAGAGUACAGCGAAAGUUUACAAGGAUGUAGCCGGGACUUGAGAAACUGAGUUACAGAGAAAGGUUGAAUAGGUUAGGACUUUAUUCCCUGGAGCGUAGAAGAAUCAGGGGAGAUUUGAUAGAGGUAUGUAAAAUUAUGAUGGGUAUAGACCAGGGGUGGGCAAACUUUUUGACUUGUGGGCCACAAAGGGUUCUAAAAUUUGACGGGGGGGCCAGACCAGGAGAAGAUGGACGGAGUGUUUUGGUAAUACACCUCAUAAGAGAAAAUAAAAUAUCAUGGGAUAUGUAGAAAACACGUGCUUUAAUUUCAAUUGAAAAUGAACAAAUGCAUUACAACAAAAUAUCUGUCUUUGAAGUCCCAUGGUAUUUAGCUAUUUAUUGAAAUGACUUUUAAAACACUGAAAAUUAAAUGAAUAAAAUACAGCUUUUUUUAAUAGUAACAGUUAUUAUUUUAAAGCACUGAAAAUUCUGUUAUCCUUCAAGAUAUUAUCAUCAUCACUCUCCUCCUGACUGUCUUUAUUUCAAAAACGGUAGGAGAUGCAGGUUAACUUGUCCUGCUCCUUCUUAUUCAAUUGUCCACUGUGCCAAAACUCAACAAAGACCAGCACAAAGACAGAUCAGUGACAGCGCGCCAGUAUGCGGAGCGCGUUAUUUGAUCUGGAGCGCAUUUUUUAUUUUGAGAACGUACGUGCACCUGCGCACUACUCAUGUCCAUCACUUAACAGAAAUGACAUGUAACAUGUAAGGCUUAUUGAAAAAAAUCUUUUCAAAUUCAUUUUUUACAUAACACAACGAAGAAACUUAUUUUUAAUUUCAGUGGGAACAGUGUUGUUGGUCUCCCUUUUUAGCCAGCGCAUCAAAGUCUGGAUUUAGUUUUGUUGUGGCGAUUCUCAGGAUGGAUCUGAGCUGUUGGUCAGUUAACUUGGAACUGUGGCUGGCUUUGUUGAUGUUCAUGACGCUGAACGCCUGUUCACACAAAUAGGUUGAGCCGAACAAAGAGUAAAGCGCAAAUGUGGAGUAAUACGCUGCACCUCAACAAAGGUCAAUGUAUACAGAGUGUGUCAUCUAUUGGGAAAACGCCAGAAUUGCGGGGAAAAAACGUUAACAAGGUUUAUUAAUAUAAUUUCAUCAAGUUCUGCGGGCCGGAUUAAAAAGCUUAUAUGGCCCGCGGGCCGUAGUUUGCCCAUGCCUGGUAUAGACAGAGUGAAUGCAAGCAGGCUUUUUCCACUGAGGCUAGGAGAGAAAAAAACCAGAGGACAUGGGUUAAGGGUGAAUGGGAAAAAGUUUAAAGGGAACAUUGGGGGGGGCUUCUUUUCACAAAAAAGUGGUGGGAGUGGAAUGAGCUGCCAGAUGAAGUGGUGAAUGAAGGCUCACUUAAUAACAUUUAAGAAAAACUUGUACAUGGAUGAGACGGGUAGGGAAGGAUAUGGUCUAGGUGCAGGUCAGUGGGACUAGGCAGAAAAAUGGUUCGGCACAGCCAAAAGGGCCAAAAGGCCUGUUUCCAUGCUGUCAUGUUCUAUGGUUCUAUGGAAUGGUUACUUAAAGUGCAAGGUUAUAGACGUUUCAAAAACGACAAGAACUCAUCUCCUUCUACCUUAGUCCACGAACUUAUCAAUCACCCUUGCUGUGGUCCACUUUCUGGAAGUCCAAAAUGCCAACUUCUACAAAGAAGGGAUCCGUACGCUCCAUGACCACUGGACUAAGUGUGUAAAUGUAGGAGGGGACUGUGUUGAAAAAUAAAUGUACUAGGUUUUUAAAAUUGACUCCUUUUAUCUUAGGCCAUGAACUUAACAAUCACCAUAUAUAUGUACAAAAUAUAAAAGUUGGGAUAUUAUUUUUGCAACUUUAUGAAACAUUGGUUGGAUAGCUCUUAGAGUAUUAUGUGCAUUUCUGUGUGCCAUAUUACAAGAAUGAUAUGGUUGUGCUAGGGAGAGUGCAAGAAAAUUUAGCCUGGAUACUGCUGUUGUUUUCUCUGCAGCAAAGGAUGCUGAACAGUAACCUGAUAGAGGUGUAUGAAAUUAUUAGCAAUAUAGAUAGUCAUCAUCAUUUCCCCAUGGUAGAAAGGAUUAAGUACAAGCAGGCAAAGGUUUAUGGUGAGAAAAGCAAGUUUCUGAGGUAUUUGAGACAAAGAUAUUUACACAAAGUCAUUGUUAUCAGGAACUUGCUGCCACAGGAGUUGGUAAUUAAUUUUGCUUAUAAUUUUGAAUAAAGAAGUUCAAAUUGAAAGUUUCAACUUCAAAAUUUGAACAGACACUGAAAAAAGCCAAGCAAAGAAGGAAACGGACAUGAUGUGGAUAAAAGGAAUUAGUGCAGUUUGCGCAAAGUUUGGAAUGGAUACAGUGGGCUGAAGGAUCCAUUUCUGCUGCACAACAGUAAGACUGUAUGACACAGACAUUAUCAAACAAGUUUCAAAUCUCAGUGGGAAAAAAAGCAACAUCCUGAGGUUUGGUAAUGCCCCUCUGAUCUUUCCAAGAAGAAAGAAAAAUAGUGAGAUUGAGAGAAGGAAAAUUAAUCAAAUGUCAUAUUGCUAUAAAAAGAUUCAUUCUUACUUGCUAAUGUUGCA